AUGAUGCACUGCGGCGAGAUCCACUGCUCUGUUGCGACUUCCUCCAUCGUCCCUAUCAGCCUGGCAUGGCCACCUUCGGCGAGGAUGCCCCAUGCGCGAUCGCGCCCCUUCUUCGUGAGCGAGUCCGACGGGCGACAGCGCCCGGUCUCGGACACGCGGAAACUCAGCGCCUGCUUCUGCGAGCCCGCCGCGGCGGAGGUCCCGGCGGCCGGCGCGCGCGGCGGGCUCCGCGCUCGCGAGUGCGACGGGCUGGCCGUCGAGCAAGUGGACGUCGAGGCGGCGCUCCACCGGAUGCGGGCGCCCGCGGGCCGGCCCACCCGAGUUCACGGUUCCCCCUGGCGUCGACGCGGCCGAUUGUUCGGUCGCUGA